AUGUCUGACGGAGUUUUGAAGCCCGAGAAGGACUUCUCGAAGGAGGUUGAUCAGCAGCUCCCUGAAGCUGAGAAGCUGGCUGCGUCAAACAACCUCCAAGGCGCCAUUGAGAAGCUUGCUGCUCUCGAAAAGCAAACCCGACAAGACCAGGCCUCCGAUCUUGCGUCAACAUCACGAGUACUGAUCGCAAUUGUUACACUAUGUAAAAAUGCAGGCGACUGGAGUCUUUUGAACGACCAGACCUUGGUCAUGUCCAAGAAGCACAGCCAGCUCAAGCAAGCCAUCACCAAGAUGGUUCAGACCGUCAUGGGCUUCCUCGACGACACCCCCGACCUCCAGACCAAGCUCUCCGUCAUCGAAACCCUACGAACAGUCACAGAGGGCAAGAUCUUUGUUGAAGUCGAGCGAGCUCGUGUCACCAAGAUCCUUUCUGAUAUCAAGAAGAAACAGGGUGACCUCAAGUCCGCCACCGAGAUUCUUUGCGAGUUACAAGUCGAGACUUUUGGAUCCAUGGACCGAAGGGAAAAGACCGAGUUUAUUUUGUCCCAGGUUGAGCUAUGCAUUGAGAGCGAGGAUUGGACACAGGCCGCCAUUCUUGGACGUAAGAUCAGCACCCGAUACCUUUCUCGCAAGCCCAAGAAGACAGCCGAGCAGCUUGAGAAGGAGCAAAAGGAGCGAGAGAAGAAGAUCGCCCGUGGUGAGGAGGUACCCGAGGAGAAGGAAGACGACACAACCGAUCUCAAGCUGCGAUACUACGAACAGCAAAUCAUUCUUGCCAAGCACGAGGAGAAGUACCUCGAUGUCUGCAAGCACUACCGCCAGGUUUUGGACACAGAAGCCGUUGAAGAGGAUCCAGCCAAGCUUCGCCCCGUCCUUCAGCGCAUCAUCUACUUUGUCAUCUUAGCUCCCUAUGACAAUGAGCAGCACGACCUCCUCCACCGAAUUCACAAAGACACCCGUAACUCAGAAGUCCCAGCGGAAGCCGAACUUCUGCGGCUUUUUACUGUGCAUGAGUUGAUGCGAUGGCCCGAAACUUCUAAGAGAUUUGGACCUCACCUCUGCAGUACUGACGUCUUUGAUGUGCAGCCUGGUCAGUCUUCAGACGACAAGGCAUACAAGCGAUGGCAAGAUCUCCGAAAGCGAGUGAUCGAGCAUAACGUGCGUGUUGUCGCCAAGUACUACACUCGCAUCCAGAUGGGCCGCCUUACUCAACUACUGGAUUUGACGGAGGACGAGACCGAGAAGUACAUUAGCGAACUUGUGACCUCUAAGACCGUUUAUGCCAAGAUUGAUCGACCCGCACGAAUCGUCAACUUUGCUAAGCCUCGAGAUGCUGACGAUGUUCUCAACGAAUGGAGUCACAACAUGAAGAGCCUUCUGGGCCUGCUCGAGAGAAUUGAUCAUCUUAUCACCAAGGAGGAGAUGAUGGCACGGAUUCAACCUGCCAAAUAA